AUGACAGAUUUGGGGUUGUUGCACUAUUUUCUUGGACUUGAAGUGAAGCAAGGAGAAGAUGGAGUUUUCAUUUCACAAAGGAAGUAUGCCAUUGAUUUGCUCAAAAGGUUCAAUAUGCUUAAUUGCAAAACAGUGCCAACUCCUAUGAAUGUAAAUGAGAAGCUGCAACUUGAAGAUGGUAUUGAAAAAGUUGGUGGAAGCUAUUUUAGAAGCUUAGUUGGAGGCCUAAUUUAUUGGACUCACUCCCGUCCGGAUAUAUCAUUGUAUGUUGGAGUUAUUUUGAGGUUUAUGCAUAAACCUUCAAAGCAUCAUCUUCGAGCAACUAAAAGAAUCUUGCGCUAUGUUGCAGGAACUAUGAAUUUUGGACAAUGGUACUCUCGAUUUAUUACUUGGAACUCAAAGAAACAAGCAACAACAGCGUUGUCAUCUUUAGAGGCAGAAUAUGUUGCAGCCACGUCAUCAGCAUGUCAAGCAUUAUGGCUAAGGUCGAAGCACAUAGACAUUCGACAUCAUUUCAUUCGUGAACUAGUUGCAAAGGGGCUGAUUGAGUUGAAGCACUGCAACACUGAAGAGCAAGUAACAGACAUUCUUACUAAAGCACUUCCUCCGGCAAAACACAAUUACUUUAUGUUAUGUAUGUGA